GAGCCACGGACUAGGCUUUGGCGAGCUUAGUGGACCCUUCGGCGGGACCAUACCGGGUCUGGGAGGCCCACCGUGUCUCGUGGCUCCCAAAAUUUCUGCGGGAGCGAAAGGGGAAGCAGACUGGUUAUUCGGGAGCACCCACUGAUUGCUGUCCAAAGACCAAAAAGGCGAACCGGCAUUAAUCAUUGAAUCCGCCCCGUAACGGCCCCGCGCGGCUGCUCUGCUCGCGCCCACUUUUCAGGUGGGGGCGCCCGGCGGGCGAGGGCACUAGCCCCGGGCUGCACAUCCUGCGGGCGGAUCCGGUGCGGAUUGCUCGGCGUGGUGCUGCCUCCUAGCGCGGGAAAUGCUGCGCCCUUGCGGCAGCGGUCAGUCCCUGAAAACCCAGGCUCCCCGGCUCGCUUCCAGCUUCCCAGGGGCUCUGCCCCACCGAGAUCCACCAACCGGCCAGGAUUACAGGGCUAAGAGAGAGCGCUCCGUGGGGACUUACUUAUCACAUGCUUCCUGAUGGAUCUUCAGAUAUAUCUGCAUGUUAGGUUGCCAGAGUCUUUGGCUUAAAGGGCACCAUAAUGAAACUGAAGCAAGGAUCGUUUCUGUGGUACCUCUAUCUGGAUAAACUAUAUUGCUUAUUAUCCGUGAGAAAUGUGAAGGCUUUGGUGGAGUAUUUUCACCUUCUUGAUGUGCACCGCAAGAAAACCUUGAAUGAUGUGCUAUUCUACCACUUCCUUCAUCACGUGACUGACCUGAAACGGAACCAGAUCACAAUUGUGUUUAACAUGCUGGACUGGAAUGCUGUGGGCGAGAUUGGUUUUGACCAGUUCUACAUGCUGGUUUGCAUACUGCUGGCACAGGAGAACCAUUUGGAAGAGCAAUUUAUCUUCCGCCAUUCCCGGCCUGUUUUUGAGCUGCUUGACCUGGAUGGGGAGCUGAAAAUUGGCCCAUCCAACUUCCACAUGUACAACUUUCUCUUCAAAAUUAAAAAACAGCAACUCAGAGACCUGUACCAUGACUUUGACAUCACAGGUGACUGUCGUCUUAAUUACAAGGAAUUUAAGCUGUUUACUAUCUUCUCCAUGAACAAAUACCAGGAGAGUCAGAAAGCAGUGGAAGAGGAGAAAGCUCUGCCCGAAAAGAAAGUGUCACAAGUUAAUGUGACUCAAAGAGAGAGUCUUCUUGGAAUAAAUCAUUUUGAAAGUGUAAGUAAUUACAAUUGUGAACAUCUCUAA